UGCACCACUUGACCUGUAUACAUACUGAUCCUCCCCCAGCUGUCCUGCUUGAGCGCUUCAGUGGACACCAGACCUGUUUACCUACUGAUCCUCCCCCAGAUGUUUGUAAUCAGAACCAACUUCAUACAGCAGGGUCUGUAUGGGCAGACAUUCACUGACAGGCAAAUGUCUUUGAGUCUGUGUUUCUGGGGUAAAAUCAACUUUGUUUUCUCAAGGAAAACUUCUGUACCACAGACAGACAGGAUUGUGGAUGUCUGCAGGGAAGCUUGUAUGGAGUCAGUGUGUUUACAGACACAAGGUUGGAAACCUGACAUGUGAUUUAUAAAUGUAGCUGUCCUCCAAAGAGCAAGUCAACUAGCUGAACAAGAAAGUGACCUUGAGAGAAACCCCAAGGUGAGAGGACCAGCCAGUGAUGUCUUAGCUGUCUCAGAGUUCUACUGAUCGUUUGAUGUUUUCUUUUGCACCAACUGUAAACUCUGUGGACUGAUUUCUCUGAGAUCCCUUGCUGUUGUGGGAGGACCAUUGUGGGACACUAGAGGCUACACUGGGGGUUUUGCAGCUACCUGUGUGUGCUACUCUGACUGAGGGCUAUUAAAGGGGUAUGUGUAUGGCUACAAAUUCCCAAAUGUUAUUCCUGUGAAAAAUAUUAGAACAAGUUAGACAGAGAGCAGCCAGUAUAGAAACUAUCCAGGCUGAGGUACAGGAGAGAAACAAACAGGCGAGGCUGGCUGUAACUACAGAAUACUAUUACUGGCUGUUUUCACAACAAACAAGACGUUGUUCAUUUUUUAUUAGUGGGAGGACAUUCCAAUCCCCUGAAGAGUUCUACUCAGUAUUGUUGUCACAUGCAGGAGUUCUCCACAUACAGUAAUCUAGAACAAGAAGCCAGUAACUGUUCAAAAGUACGAGGAACUUCAAAAAGCAUGUACAGUUUGCGCAAGAAUCGUAACUGUUGAGUCUCCAUGGAAAGUAAGGAUUACCAGGAUAAAAGGAUUGGCGUCAUAACACAUCUUCAGUGUAACUGCCCGAGCUUGAAGUGCCUUUUACAUAACUCAGCUGGAAACAAUUCCUAGAAGUUAGUAGAACUUCCGGAGGGCAACACAAGUGCAAGUCAUUAUAUCAGGUGCAAAUGCAAGGAGCAGUCCAUGUGAUAUUCUGAGCAUUUCUAAAGUGCAAUAACAACAAGUUCAAACAAAGGUGAUCUGCCAAGAUCUACAGCUUGUCAAGGAAUUAGGGAUCGCUGAGCAUACUGAAUAGCCCUUGGAGUACUGAAGCAAGAACUUGAAGAAAGCUUUGGGUAGAAACACUGCAAAAAUAACAAGCUGAUUCCGCAAGUUGUUUCUGGAAUUCCAACUUUGGAGCCACCUGGAACUACAUACUUGUCCCUCCUGGAUGGAUGGUUUGAGAUGGGUGGUCAGCCACCAGUGUUGUGAUGACUGACAGUAUCACAUUUCAAACUGACCCUGAGUACACCAUGACUGACCUACAGUCAUCCCAUCCGCCCUGGAGUCAGGUUUCUAACUGAAGUCAACUGAAGUGGAGACACAUGGGGGAACAGAAGGGAGGUGACAGAUACUGAGAUAGAGUUCAUUCUGGAGAAACAUUGUUGGAGAAGAAGUCUACUCUACUCUACUCUACUCUAAAGACUCUCAGUUUGCCACAGUUGGAACUGAACUCAGCAUUGUGAAACAGACUGCACUAUCUCAGUAUCUGAGGAAAAGAUUGUAAGAAAACAACAACUGUGAGCCAUGAACAGCUGAGUUGGAGUCCUGCCAGUCUGUAUCACCCAACAACUGCACUAUUACGAGGGACUCUACCAGGACUCCCUGCGACCAGGAGGAGUGGUCAAACCUGCUGACCGGGAGAGAAGCAGUCAAAACUAGCUCUGACUGGGAGGACCUAGCUCCAACUCCAAAACCAACUGGAGCGCACUGCUGGAAAGAAAAUAUCCCCAGCAAGGUCUGGUUUCUGAGAGGCAAACGCAAAAGGAAGGCCAGGAAAGUGCAAUCCGCUACCAGUGCCGCGCCUAUCCCUGAUAUAACUGUGACCAUGGCAGGCAAGAGGGUGAACUGGGAGGAUAGCGUCUCUCAGGAGACAUCCAAUUCUGCUGAGACCAUAUCCAUGGAGGACAUGGUCAGUGAGAGAGUGGACCGAGUGGAGAGCAGAGCCUCUCCAGGCAGCCCCCCUCCCGGUUACGACACCUUGUUGGCUGUGAAGGGCCCUCAGGCUGUUGAAGAUGUUGUUUCCAUCGGCAGUCACAGUUCUGACCAAGUGUUCGCUGACAGUGGACUGACGGACGAUGUCCAUCUAUGUAACAACGUAAAAGUGGAUGUCCCGGAAACCCAACUACGGCGUCGCGGAAUGCUAGACGCAGAAGGGCCGGGCGGCCCGCCCCGUAUGACUCUCCUGGGUAAGCCUAUCCCCCACGUGUAUCACUCCAACAAGAACAGACGCACACUUUACAUCAAGACACAGAUCUUCAACUUUUUUGAGGUGCCACAGAAGCAGCUACUGAGCAAGGUGUAUCUGGUGGUCAUUUUCCUACUGGUGUUCCUAUGUCUGGUGCUGAGUGUCUUCUGUACCAUAGAUGACUAUGAAGAUACGUCCAAUCAUGUGCUGUUUAUCAUGUGUGAAAAUGGCACCAAUGCGACUGACAAUUCCCAACACAACUGUCCCAAAACAGAAGAACAGGACAAAUUACCCAAUCAGGCGCUGUAUGUGAUGGUCUGUACCCCCGGCAGGGUCAAUCGGAUUGUGGUAAUUUCUGAAAUCAUCAUCGUGAUUGUGUUUGGGAUGGAGUACAUUUUGCGGAUGUGGGCUGCAGGCUGUCGUAGUCGCUACCAGACAUGGCGCGGACGGUUACGCUUUGCCAGGAGGCCAUUUGUGAUCAUAGAUCUGGUGGUCAUAGUUGCAUCUGUCGUAGUUUUGAGUUUGGGUUCCCAUGGCAAUGUGUUUGCGGCUUCUGCGUUACGAGGGCUGCGGUUCCUGCAGAUCCUGCGAAUGGUUCGCAUGGACAGGAGAGGGGGGACCUGGAAACUGCUGGGGUCCGUGGUCUGGGCACAUAGACAGGAACUUCUGACCACGGCAUACAUCGGUUUCCUGGCACUCAUAUUUGCCUCCUUUUCUCUCUACCUCAUUGAGAAGGAUGAAAAUCCUGAGGACUUUGGCAAUUUUGCAAAAGCGCUUUACUGGGGAGUGAUCACGCUGUUAACUGUAGGCUACGGUGACGCCACCCCGGACACCUGGUUGGGGAAGCUGGUUGCGGUCGGGUUCUCGCUGCUUGGUAUUUCCUUCUUCAUGCUUCCUGCUGGCAUUCUGGGAUCUGGAUUCGCCCUGAAGGUACAAGAGCAGGCCCGACAGAAACACUUUGCACGGAGAAGGCACCCCGCCGCAGCACUGAUACAGUGCUUGUGGAGGUGUUAUGCUGGGGAUAAAAACUCUCGCUCCAUUGCGACCUGGCUGCCCCACCUGCGAGCGGUGCCCGACAGGAAGGACGCGGCAGCGAAGAAGAAAUCAUUCAAAUCCCAACUGUCACGGUUCAGCACCAGCAGUCCUCUAGCGCGCCCCACAGUCAGCAGGCUCCAGGGUCUGGAGGUAGGAGACGGUGUGGACCAACAGUUCACUACUCAGGUCAGCGCUGAGAGCUCGGGCAGUACAGGCAGACAGAUGUCUGUGGCGGACUCAGGCAAGCCUUUGUCGGGGAAAAAGCCGGCAGGGGUCCGAUGGAGAGAAACGGUCAACGCUGUCAUGACAUCUUACGAGUCGCCAGGAUCAGACAAAAGUGGUCUGCGGGACAAAUAUCGUGUCAGAUAUACUGUGGAGGACAUGGCUGGGUAUGCCCUGUCAGAGGAGGAGUAUCACCAGCCCUGGGGCCUGGCUCGCCUGUCUCCAGCACACAAAAACGCCAUCCGUGCAAUAAGAAAAAUCAAGUAUUUUGUUGCUAGGCGGAAGUUUCGAGAAGCGUUGAGGCCGUACGAUGUGAAAGAUGUGAUAGAACAGUACUCUGCUGGGCACGUUGACCUGCUGGCCAGGGUCAAACACCUACAGAGCAGGUUGGAUGAGAUAUUAGGGUCCUCUUCUCGUUCUCCUGGACACGCCAAGGACAAGUAUGCCAACGACCCCAAGAUGCCCUUGCAGAAUCGAGUUAUCAGAUUGGAAAAACAGGUCCACAACAUUGACCAGAAGUUGGAUGUACUCAUCAACUUGAUGCAUCAAAAACCACCUGACCCUGGUUCCCAUGGUGAUAAAGAAAUUGGUGACCAUGGUAACAAAGCGAACUCUGACCCAAGUGUCCAUGGUGAUGGAGCAAACACUGCUUGCCAUAGUAACCAAAUCAGCCUGAUACCUGACAGUACCAGGAGUAAAGACUGCGUAGAACUGCAGCAAGCCCCACAGAGCGGACGCACACGUGCUUUACCGCGCCAAUCUGCGACGGUUAUCUCGGAAAGCGAUCCUUCCGAAGGUGAUGCCGCGGAGACUACCUCCUGUCAACAGGACGGGAAAGAAGCGCAGGACUGUGUGGAAACUGGCGAGGAAACGGCGGGGAACGGUCACCAGACGGGGAACGGGAGAGCGAAACUCUCCUCAGACAGUGACUCCAGUCUGAGGAUGCUGGGAAGGGAAACAGAUAUCGUAUAGGAGAGAAUUUGCCAAUAGAACUUACUGUCGAACAUCACGUUGUAACAUAGCGAGUGAAGGAGGUAUUGUCAUCAUUUUAUUAUUAAACACAGAAUUGUCUUAUAAUGUAAGUAUAGAGAUUUUCCACUUUGGUGGAGGAAAAUAUAAAGAUAUCACUGCAUUCUAGCAGCAUUAUAGCACUCACAACAGUUCAGCUGUUUCUGUCAACUUGGAUGGAUGUCUCUGUGCAAGAACGCUCAUCUAAUUAAGGUUGAAUUCUACAAAACUAAGGACAGUCUUUGCUGAAAAAAGACUUGCCAACGUACACACGUUAUUGAGAACCUUACAAUGAUGGCAGAGUAAGCGGAGCACAAGAGGACGUCCUGAGAGAAGCAGGAGGAAAGCCUGUAGCAGCUAGGAGUGUGUGUUUGGCUGUCGGCCUGCCUGGUCUGUGUUCCAGCUAUAGUACAGUUCUGUAGAGUCUGAGGUAUUCUGUACACGACUAAGGGUGGGUACCGGUACAGAAAAUUCAGGUCCAGGUCCGGUUUAGGUCCAGAGGAUCAGGUCCAGGUCCAGACCUGAUUCAAUAUGACUCAUACCAAUGGUCCAUUUCACUACAAAGAAAUCUGUUUGGUGGAGUAUUCGACUCAAACUGGCGUUUUAAAAUCCAGCAACGCUGACUGCACAUGUACGGUUGACUGUAAAACUUGGUAGAAAUGACUAUGAAACCUUCUCUACUUCACUCUUCCACCUGCAAGCACCAAAACGUGUGAAUGCCUAUUAAAAUCAGAUAAUCUGUUAAUUUUCUAAUAGGUCCAACAUCCGGUCCACCUAAUUUUUCCAGGUCCGGUUUUUCUGGACCGGUCCAAUAAGAAUAAACGGUUUUGUACUGGUAUGCUGUACCGAUACCCAGCCCUAUACACGACUGUUCCAGCUGAAGUCUUCUGUGGCAGCUCUCUGUGUCAGAGGUGUUAGUCAGUGUAGGUACAUUUGCAGUCAUGUGGUUUAAUCAGGAUGUAUUUCAGCAACUCAUCCUUUUACCAAUGUGGCCCAGUCAACUCAGCCCACUACUCUAAUCAACCCAACACCCAGGCUAACUGUACCUGAGGGUUAGGGUUAGGGUGUGGUCUGUAUUGUACCUGUGCAUCACACGACAGUGCGACUGCCAGGGAAAAUUGGUGUAAAAUUUGUAAAGUUGCCGCAGUAAUUUUUCGCACAUACGUCUAGCCCAGUGAGGUACAUUGUACCCACUUACUCCUAGUAAUACUAGUUGAGUGGAUUUUCCGUUUUUGUUUUUUAAUCUGGAAUUACUCUAAGGAAAUGCUGCAAUUUUCCAGUCAUUGUCAAACCUUGUUGUACGUUUAAUGUUCGUCACACGCAGAGACAGUAAAGUGAAUUUAACAUAUACAAAUGCAUGUCAUAUACGUUUUUUAUCAUUGAACUGUGUUCCACGCUGCAAACAAGGGUUAAUACUAACAUUAUUUUGUUGGAAAAGCUGGGUUUUUCCUCCUGCAGUGUUUACAUGAUAGGGCCUACCUGGAGUUUUCUUGGACUCCUGUUGUCAUGUGUACAGUAUUCAAUGACCGAAACUAUGUAUGCCCUAGCUGGGUGUUGUACUCUUUGUGCUGUUGACAAUGUAGAUAUAAACCUGGGUGUUUUCACACACAGCACACAGAAAAUGUUACAUGCUGGAUCUUUAACACUGGGAUUAUGUAACAACAGUAACUGUUGAUACACACUUAGAAUGUGGGUGUCGUUCACAGUACAGUUCUAAUGUACUGUGGCAAACCCAGGUCUCGCACACACACAGAGCAAUCAUGUAUACUAUAGUUUCAGUAUCUUGGUGAUUACACACUGCCAUUAAUAUAUUAUAUGUAUCAUGUCAUUAAAUUUUGUAAAAUGA